AUGGAGGUGGAUGAGUUCAUGGUUCCAGGGGAGAUCAGGGAUGAACCAGAAGGAUGCCCAGUUGACACGUGUCAUGUAGAUCUGCUCGCAGCCAUACAUGCCAACGAUAGCGACAGAGCCAUGUGUAUUCUGGGAUUGGGCUGUCAGCAGGUGACAUUAGACUCGGGUCUUUGCUGGGCAAGUCGCUAUGGCGAUGUAGAAAUGGUGUCCCUCCUACUACAGAAUGGAGCCAACCCGAACGCGGAGGUAUGGGGUGGCUUCACUCCUCUCAUCUGGGCGACGAUAUAUGCACCAACUGUGGAAACCAUUUUGAAUCUCAUUAUUGCUGGAGCCGACAUCAAUCAUUCCAGCACAAAACGUCGCCAGACUGCCUUACAUGGUGCAGUGAUACGCGAUAAAGUGGAGUUUGUGAGCGCUCUGGUGGAGGGCGGUGCAAACCUUGACUCGCGUGACUACCUGCACAAGACGCCACUCCUGUAUGCAGUGCAGCGUGGCGCGAUCUCCUGUGUCAAACUUCUUGUCUACUACAACUGUGACGUCACGCUGACAGGAUGGGUCGAGGGAGUCAGUGUGUCCCCUUUGCUACAUGCCUUAGCUAAGGGGCAUCUGGAGAUCACACGUAUUCUCAUUCUUGCAGGAGCCCGGUUUGACCGACCGGCUAUCUCCCAGACGCUCACAUUCGGUGAGUUUUACGCCACGCUAGAGCGAGAAUUGAAGCUCGAGGUGCGCCCGGUGUAUCUACAACAACACUGUAGGGUCCGAAUACGUCGCCUUUUAAAACCAGGUUUCCUACAAAAACUUAGACAGAUAGAGUUACCUCCCCUCAUCCAUCGCUACCUCCUAAUAGACGAGAUGGACGUUUGA